AUGAAGAAGUUUGGUGUGGACCACUUAGGCGAUGAUGUUGCAUGGAUCGUCUUAUUGUGUGAAACUUGGUGCAUCGCCAAGGAAAAGCAGACAAAUGCAGAGUCCUUUUUGGACUGGAACACCGUUCCUUUCUCCCCCUUUCAAGACCCUCGAAAGCCAGAGCGUUAUAUCCACGCGCUACCCCACUGGUCUAACACUCCCACAGCCCUCGCUGAAAGACACGUGUCGUUCACGCGGCUCUGCGAGAAGCUGAACGAAGGCAUAGAAAAUGGAAAAUGUUUUAGUGGCGAGUGGUUUCUUAUUGAACGACCACGCCUCUGCAGUUGUGUAAGGACGUUAGUCCUGGAUCCGAUGGAGCUGAAGUCAAAUCUUACUCCUGUCCUUACUGAUACCACACCCUUAACAAGGUCAAGGCUGGGUGUGCCUUCUGGUUUGUCACCUUACUCUUCUCCAAAAGGGCCUACCUUUCCCCAUCAUGGUCCCUUGCUGGCAAUUCCAAGGAAGAAGACAGGAAUUCUUGAUGAUUUUCGUUCUAGCGGUUGGCUUGAUGCCAUGAAAUCUUCUUCUCCUACUCACGGUAAAGUAUCCAAGGAUCUCAGUCAUGGGACUGGAUCACCUGAUGCUGCUUACAGUGCCUGGCUGCUAAAGUUUCCAUCUGCACUUGCAUCUUUGGAUCAAAUUACUAACUGUGCAAAAGGGAAGAGAAUUGCAUUGUUUCUAGAUUAUGAUGGGACUCUUACACCCAUUGUGGACAAUCCUGACUAUGCUUUCAUGUCAGAUAAUAUGCGUGCUGCUGUUAAAAAAGUAGCGGAAUAUUUUCCAACUGCAAUAAUUAGUGGAAGAAGACGUGACAAGGUAUAUGAAUUUGUUGGAAUAAGUGAGCUCUAUUAUGCUGGUAGUCAUGGAAUGGACAUUAUUGGUCCUCCUAGACAAUCUAUUUCUGAUGAUCAUCCCGAUUCUGACAAGCAGGGUGUUGUUGAAGUUAAUUUAUUCCAACCUGCUUCUGAAUUCCUGCCCAUGAUUGAUGAGGUACUUGGGUUGCUCAAGGAGUGUACAAAAGAUAUUGAAGGAGCAACAGUUGAGAACAAUAAAUUUUGUGCAUCUCUACAUUACCGGAAUGUAGAUGAGGAGAGUUGGCAAAUUGUGGGACAACGUGUGUAUGAUGUUCUGAAGCAGUAUCCACGUUUGCGUUUAACUCAUGGGCGGAAGGUUUUAGAGGUUCGGCCAGUGAUUGACUGGGAUAAGGGAAAAGCUGUCACAUUUUUACUUGAGUCACUUGGACUUAACAAUUGUGAUGACGUGCUAGCUAUAUAUGUUGGAGAUGAUAGAACAGAUGAAGAUGCAUUUAAGGUUUUGAGAGAAGCUAAUAAAGGUUGUGGCAUCAUAGUGUCCCCUGUCCCAAAAGAAAGCAAUGCAAUUUACUCUCUUCGUGAACCCUCAGAGGUGAUGGAAUUUCUGACAUCACUUGCUGCAUGGAAAUCAAGCACUCAAUAA